AGAAUAUUUAAAGGACAAUGAAUGCUAACAAUCUUACCUCACGCAAAAGAAGUCAAGAGCAGAUCCAGACUCACUCCACUUCUGGAAAGAACAUCACUGACAAAUCAGAUUUUACCAAAGUUGUCAGCAUCAACAGACAGAUAUUCAAAAAUAAGCAUAAUAAAAUUUAAAAGCAAGCAAACUUACAGAAAUAUGAACCAAAAACCAAUCGAUUCACUACAAAUCAGAGAUAAAGAUGUAAUCUACCCUCCUAGGUGUAAUUCCCAAAAGCGAGACAGCAUCUUUUCAAGAGAACCUAAAACUUUCAGUAGAGAAAAAGUGUCCUUUACCAAGAACACCUUGCUAAAACAGAGGAAGAGGACCUUCAAGGUUUCCAGGAAGUAUGAUAAGAUCAACGAGGUGGAGCAACCGCUCUACCGUAAAGAUCAAAUCAGUCAAAUGACACUGAAAUCUGAGAGUAGCCAUACCUCUUCUUGGAAUAAGAUCGAACCAAAGCAACAAGACUUUGACCUUGCUGAAGAGAUUGAGAAGGAAGACCUCAAAUCUUCCUCGUCUGCCGAGACAGUAGCUAUUAAAGACAAAGUAGUCUCCUUCAAUCGGAACAAGCUUAAUGAGUUCUUUGAGAGCAAAAAGCAAAGCUUAAAGAAAGAAGAUAAAAACAAAAAGGCUAAAUUCUCGAACUUCCUGCCUGGAGUAAAAUCACAAGAUGAAAAAUAAUUUCAGAAAUAAUUUCGACGAUGGUUUCCCAUUUGGGAGGGAAAAUGCAUCCUCAAUAAGCAGUAGCACCUCUUUCAAGAACUUAAAUAUGCAAGGGAUUAAUAACACAAUCACUGAAACACUAAGACCAGCUCAGUACUCUGGCACAAUUUCAAACUCAAUGGAGUCAAAAUAAUCUCUACAGUAGUAAAUAUCUCAACCUGAAGCAUUCAACCGACACUCCAAACCACAAGGACCAGAUCCAAAGGUCUUCAAAAAUAAUGAAAAAGAAGUCAUCUUAUUCAAAAUAUUUUUCAAGGGUCCGAAGAGGUCUUAACACAAUCGAAAGGAUGAAGCUGUGGAAAUCCCUCCCCAAAAGACAAGAAUACAUGGAAUAUUACAGGAACAAAUAAGCACUGUAACAUCAAGAGGUCGGAGUAUUACCUUGAAAUCAAGAAUGAUGUCAAAAGAACUUAUAUUCAUAACUCAUUGUCAGAGGAAACUGAUUCCCAUCAUUCUUUGAUCAACAUCCUGGCUAUUUACGCCAUGCGGAAUAAAGAUGUUGGGUACAUCCAGGGCCUCAACUUCCUGGCUGGAACUCUACUCCUUCAAUGAGGAUUCGACCUUAACACAACACCUAGCAAAACAACUAUUGAGGAGGAAGCAUUUAGCAUGCUGACGAUAAUUUUAGAGGAUUAUGGCCUUGGAGAGGUAUACCUCAAUGGAUUUGACAAGCUAAAUCAGUUCAUGGCUCUGGUUCAAAAAGGAGUUAAAUAAGUACAUCCCUAAACUUAGGAGGCUUUUUAAGGAUGAAGCUUCAAUUAUAGCACUUGUUAUUACUCAAUGGAUUAUCACACUCUUUACAAUGGAUUUCAGCAUUGAACUUUCAUUUUGAAUAAUAGACAUGUUCUUAGUAUCUGGCUGGAAGUCAGUCUAUGGAACGAUCCUCAAUAUUCUUUCCUAUUUGCACCCAAAACUGUCUAUCUCCAGUGAAGAAGAUGCGAUACAGCUGAUAAAAUAAAUUCAUCAAAGAAGGAAAUAUCGAUCUUGAUCACUUUUUCGAAGACAUUAACAAAUUCAAAAUUUCUAAAAAGGAGCUGUCAUCCCUUGGCCCAAAAUUCACUAAGGAGCAGCUCUCUAGCCUCAUUCUUCCCUCUCUAAUAUCUGAAUCUCCCAAAAUUGGCCAAAAACUGAACUCCUACAUUCCAAAUACAGCUCCUUCCAUUCAGCCUGCUUUUCCUAAGACUCCAAAUCAUGGUCAGCUUCAACACAGUCAGAAUCCCUUUGCAGCCUCUCCGAAGGAGACUUUGCGAAUAGAGGCUAAUCUGAGGGACAAGCAAAGGAUCAAGAACAAGGCUCCUAGGAAAUUCCAUAGCAAGAAGGAACACAGUCGCCUGUCCAGUGCCAACCAUUAUAAACCACUGGAGACGGUAAGGUCUCCCUUACCGAUCCAAGUGUCUGAUGAAGAAGAGGAAUACAGGUCAGAAGAAAGAGCUCCUGCUACUGACCAUAAAAUUCUGGCUCCUGGAGUCGCAACAGCAGCGAGAUUUAGAAACCCUUAUUCUCAAGAUACCAAAUUUCUGAUCCCAAGUGAAGGAAAUGUAAAUAAAUCCCCAAUGUUUCUUUACAAGAAAGAAAAUAAGCGAAGCCAAGCAAGGAAGAGUUAUAAAAUAGAUACAAAGACAUUUGAAGAUGUUGUGACAAAUUCCGCUCAAAGAGAUUACCCCCAAAAGGCAACUAAAAAGUUUGACACACAAAAAGUACUCGGCGGUGCCUCCUUGGCAUCACGGAUGCCAAACGGUAUCGCCAAAAUUCGCCAAUCCUUCGACAAAUCUGGUGACCCUGAAAAUGAAGAUUUUCAGAUAAGUGAUACUGACGAAAGGACCAUCCACCAAAGAAACGAGAGUAUCAUCCAAAGCAGUAAUUACAUCAGAGAUAAGAAGCAGCCCAUAAAUAUCCAAAAAGGAGUCAAAAGGUUUAAAGAAAGGAUUGAACGACAAAGGAACUUUCAAAAGAGCAACACCUACAGAAGUGAGCCAAGGAACCUGUUCAAGUCCAAUAUGUACAAACCAGCUACUAGUUUCAAGCCAAGUGAGAAGAACCAAGAUGAAGUUCACCCGAGAGAGCUCAGGAAAUCAAAAUAUUUAGUCAUAGACAAGGACAUCAAGUCUGACAAGAAGAGGAAAAAUAGAAAGGAGCUUAAUAGCUUCCAAGAUAAUAUAGAUGACCUCGACAAUCUCUCCAAACUCGCAAGCGAACGUGACCGGAUCAUAAACGAAAGCCCAAGUCAAGUCCCUCCUGAGACAAAAAUAACCCGCCACUCAAACCCAACUAACUUCUCUCCCACUUCACGCCUCUCCGAGCUUAAGAACAUCACUGAAUCCCCUGAAUACAACAACAUAAAGUACUCAGACUCCAAAAAGAACACGAUUUCUCAAAAAUAACCAGAAUGAGGAAGAAAUUGACGAGCACAGCCUUUACGAGUCCCCUAACACUAAGCUAGAUCAAAGAAAGAGCAAGCCAACAGGCUUGGUCAUUAAUGCAAGCGGUACAAAGAAACCAAUGAGCACCUUCUCUAGACAAAGAAGCAACCUCGGAGCUACUAUUGGGAAAUAUAACGCUGAUAGCAACCUCAAAGGGCUCAGGAAGAAGCUACAUAAUACAGACUCGGUGAACCUUAACCACAGGGUUAUCAGUAGUACAAACUAUAACAAAACCCAAAGGAUCUUCACUGAUUCCAUCGGCAUGAGUCCUAAGAAAGGAGUCAACUUAGUCCCGAUUCGGUCUAAGCAAACGGAAAGUCUAGACUCCUUUGAAAAUGAUAAUGUUAUGGAAGAGAACCAGAUCGAGAUUAUACCUGAACAGAAAUAGAAAGAAGAACAAAAGAAAUAUCGCUUGAGACUUUAAUACCAAUGAUAAGCCGAUUACCGUCAACCGGCAACUAGAGUUCGAUGAAGUUGAAGGAGAUGAUGACCGGAUUCAAAACCCUUUCAUCAGCCCUCAUAGAACGACUAUUCCAAUCGAACUGAUCAGGAAGCCAGAUUACCCAACUAGCCAGUUUGAUGCCAACCUGAGCUCAGAAAAUGAAGAAGAGGGUGAAGAAAGAUUCACUUUUAGAAAAUCUCACGAGUUUGAUGAACGAAAUUCCUUCCCAGAUGCGUUUGAUAGCAUCGGUUAUGCUUCCAAAAAGAAGAACACACCAUUAAAAUCAAUCAAUACAAAGACAAAGGAGAGCCUGACUCAUUUCAACAAGCACAUUACUCCUAACAAGUCUUUUGAAAGGUUCAAAUUUGGGAGUAAUGAUGUAUACAGAGAAGAAGGAUACCCUCUAGACGCCAGAAUGUACAAAUAUGGACCAAGAAACACUGAAAAAUCAACUAUCCUUACUAGAGGAGACUACUCUAUCCUAAGUAAAAGAAUCAAGAGACCUGAAAAACAAAGCUCUCCAGCAAUAGCUAUCUAA